CACCGGGUGCGGCGCCACUUCCGGUCCCCCGCCGCCAGCCGCCCGGCCGGGAGGACAAGAGGGCGGCGGUACGGGGGCCAUGCAGGCGCGGCUGGUCCUCCUCGGGGGCUGCGGGCCCGGCGGGGGCUCCGGGGGCGGCGGGACGGCGGCGGCGGCGCGGAGGGUGCGCCUCAUCCUGCGGCAGGUGGCGCGGGGCGGCCCGGCGGGGCCCACAACGCCCUCCGCCCUCCUCCACUCCGGGCCCCGACACGAACUCACAGGAGAUACAGUUAAUAUCGGAGAUGUGUCAUUUAAGCUGAAGACUCCCAAGAACCCGGAACUUGUGCCCAAAAACUACAUGUCCGACUCCCUGGCUCAGUCGGUGGUCCAGCACCUGAGAUGGAUAAUGCAGAAAGACCUCUUGGGGCAAGAUGUGUUCCUAAUAGGACCCCCCGGCCCUCUUCGCCGCUCCAUCGCCAUGCAGUAUCUGGAGCUGACCAAGCGGGAGGUGGAAUAUAUCGCGCUAUCCAGGGACACAACCGAAACGGACCUGAAACAGCGCCGGGAGAUCCGAGCCGGAACCGCCUUUUACAUCGACCAGUGUGCCGUUCGUGCCGCCACGGAAGGUCGGAUCCUUGUUUUGGAAGGAUUGGAGAAGGCGGAACGGAACGUCUUACCCGUGUUGAACAACUUGCUGGAGAACAGGGAGAUGCAACUUGAAGACGGGCGAUUCCUAAUGUCUGCCGAACGCUAUGACAAACUCUUACAGGACCACACGAAAACGGAACUGGACGCGUGGAAGAUUGUUCGCGUUAGCGAGAAUUUCCGAGUAAUUGCUCUGGGUUUGCCAGUGCCCAGGUACACUGGAAACCCACUAGACCCUCCUCUCCGUUCUCGGUUUCAAGCGAGAGAUGUCUUUUACCUGCCAUUCAAGGACCAACUUAAACUAUUAUACUCAAUUGGAUCAAACGUUUCGGCAGAAAGGGUCUCUCAGCUGUUGUCUGUUGCUACCACCCUCUGUUCCCAGGAAUCUUCUGUUCUCGGGCUUCCCGAUUUUCCAAUAGAUAGUUUAUCGGGUGCAGUUAAAAUCAUGGAUUCCUUCCCUGCGAUGUCAGUCCAACAUAUAAUCCAGUGGCUCUAUCCUUACAAGAUUUUAUUGAGUCACGAAGGCAAGACAGCCGUGGAAGAUUUAUUAAAGCGGUUCGAAGUCGCGGAUUUGAAAAGCUCCAGCCUCCCCAGCAAGAUUGUGAGAGUGGUUCAAGAUGCGAACUCCAGGUCCCAGGCAGCAGUGACUCUUCGGGUGGCUGAAAGAGAAGUCACUAUCAAGGUACCUUCUGGGACUCAGCCUGUAAAUCUCCAAUCCAGACCAGACCGUUUCAUAAAGACUUCCAGCCACGAGCAACUCUUGGCCGAAAUGAUGCAGUCUCAUAUGAUUAAGGACAUGUGUUUGAUUGGAGGGAAAGGUUGUGGGAAGACAGUCCUGGCAAAGGAGUUUGCUGAUCUCUUAGGAUACAAAAUUGAGCCUAUUAUGCUGUAUCAGGAUAUGACAGCUCGUGAUUUGCUGCAGCACAGAUACACUCUUCCCAAUGGAGACACAGCUUGGAGGUCGUCCCCGCUUGUCACAGCUGCCCUGGAAGGAAAGCUCGCCGUGUUGGACGGCAUUCAUCGUGUCAAUGCCGGCACCCUCGCUGUACUGCAAAGGUUAAUCCAUGACAGAGAGCUGACCCUCUACGAUGGCACUAGGCUGCUGAGGGAAGACCGAUAUCAGCGUUUAAAAGAAGACCUUCAGUUGUCCGAUGAGCAGCUCCAGCAGAGGUUCAUCUUGCCCAUCCACUCCUCCUUCAGAAUCGUUGCCUUGGCAGAACCUCCAGUCGCGGGGAGUAGCACGCAGCAGUGGCUCGGGCCGGAAUUCCUUACCAUGUUCUUGUUCCAUCACAUCAAGCCCCUUAUGAGAAGCGAAGAGAUACAAGUGAUUAAGGAGAUGGUUCCGAACGCACCUCAUGACGUGAUAGAGAAAUUAAUGACUUUAACGCACAAACUUCGGGAGACUCAAGACCCAACGGCCCAGUCUUUGGCAGCAUCGCUAUCUACGCGACAGCUCUUAAGGAUUUCCCGCCGGAUGUCCCAGUAUCCCGACGAAGGGCUUCACAGUGCUGUAAAUAAAGCCUGCCUUUCCAGGUUUUUACCAAGUCUUGCAAGAUCGGCAUUAGAAAAAAAUCUGGUAGAUGCUGGGAUUGCAAAUACCAGCGGAAACGAUAAAGAUUCAGAAGGGAGAGAUUAUCACAGUGAGAUAAAAUCCGGUUGGCUGAAGAUCGGGGCUACUACCGUACCAGUCCAUAAUCCCAGUGAAAAAAUGAAAGUACCUGAUGUUUUGUUUUAUGAAAACACCCAACAUAUGAUUCUGAUGGAGGAUAUGCUCCAAGAUUUUCUCCUGGGAGAACACCUGCUGCUGGUUGGCAACCAGGGUGUGGGAAAAAACAAGAUCGUUGACAGAUUCCUCCAUCUGCUUAACAGACCCAGGGAAUACAUUCAACUGCACAGAGAUACCACUGUACAAACCCUUACGCUGCAGCCUUCCGUGAAAGAUGGGCUUAUCGUGUACGAAGACUCGCCUCUGGUUAAAGCGGUCAAGAUGGGGUAUAUACUGGUCGUGGAUGAGGCCGAUAAAGCUCCAACCAACGUCACCUGUAUCUUAAAAACCUUAGUUGAAAACGGGGAAAUGAUUCUGGCAGAUGGAAGACGCCUCGUCGCCAAUGCCGCUAACGUAGAUGGAAGAGAAAAUGUUGUACUAAUUCAUCCUGAUUUUAGGAUGAUAGUUCUGGCCAACAGACCCGGAUUCCCUUUCCUGGGUAACGAUUUCUUCGGCACUUUAGGUGACAUCUUUAGCUGCCAUGCAGUUGAUAAUCCCAAACCAAAGUCUGAACUGGCCAUGCUCAGACAGUAUGGCCCAGAUGUCCCCGAGCAGGUUCUCAAGAAGUUGGUAGAAGCCUUCGGGGAACUGAGGAGCUUGGCGGACCAGGGGAUUAUUAACUAUCCCUAUUCCACCCGAGAAGUCGUCAACAUAGUCAAACAUUUGCAGAAGUUCCCGUCCGAAGGGCUUGCCAAUGUGGUUCGGAAUGUGUUUGACUUCGAUUCCUACAACAGUGAGAUGCGUGAGAUUUUGAUUAGCACCUUACACAAAUACGGAAUACCGGUUGGUGCACGACCUUCCACCGUUCAGCUGGCGAAGGAGUUACCGUUGCCAGAUCAGACAUUCAUGGGCUACUGGACAAUCAGUCAUUCGGGAAACGGAAAGCAAAACCUUCUGUGUCCUGCAGAAACUCAUCGCGUAGACGUAAAGGGUCCAGUACAUUUAGCCUUCCAGGACUAUCCAGUAGAGAGGCAUGAAGGAAGAGCCCUCAGUUUUACCGAAGAAUGUGCUUCCUGGAGGCUGCCUUUGGAUGAGAUCAAUUUAGUCUGCGAUAUCGCCGUAGCACAAGAAGGCGAGAACAGCACUCUGUUUGUGGCCACGUGCAAUCCCGUGUGCCUGUACUUUAUGAAUACGAGCGGAGACAGCGGUCACCUGGUGGACUUUUAUGACCUGUUUCCGAGAACGGCCCGAGGAAUAUGGCAUCCAUUUGUCACCGUAGCCCCCCUGGGGGAGCCCCUCAAAGGACAAGUGAUCCUGCAUGAACAGGAGAGUAAUACCAUUUUACUGUUGGAUACGACCAACCGAGCCCUUCGCCGUCUCAGCUUCUUUUCAGAAGAUGAAGGUGCCCCCAAGAGAGCUUUCUGGUGGAGCAACAAGGAGGAAUCGGAAACAUACAAGAUGUGUAAAGAAUUUUCUCACCAAAACUGGCUGGUGUUCUACCAAGAGACAGGAAGUAGCCUCAUCGUGCUGGAUGUCCUGGAGGGACAAACUCAUACCAUCUCACUGCCCAUCAAGCUCGAGUCAGUGUUCCUGGUGGCUGAAGACCGGUGGCUUCUGGUGGAAAGCAAAACCAGUCAGAAAUUUCUUUUAACUAAGCCAACCCACUUGCAAUCCAGAGAGAGUGGGGCAUGCCAACUGUAUGUGUUGAAGCAGGAACCGGCCAGCACGGGAUUUGGAUUGACAGCAGAGGCAGAGCUCAGGAUGCCACAUAAAGUUUCCAGUGGACCGCUAACUUCUGAAAACCUAAGUUCAGCUUUGGGACAAAAGAUCUCCUCUCCCAAUCGGAUUCUCUGCGACGAGGAUAGCUAUGCUACUGUAAUUGUUGGUUUCCCUGAUCUAAUGUCUCCUAGUGAGGUUUACACCUGGAAGAGAGGGCAGUGUCUAGGCAGCCAUGCUCCAUCUGAUUCAACUUUCUAUGGAGGACAACGUAAAAGCGGAGCUCCAAAGCAGCGCAAUUGUGUUCUUCUAGUAAAUACCAAUCAGGUGGUGAGAAUUUUGGCCCCCGGAGAUGUCCCUAUCAAAGAAAUAUACAAAAAAGAUGUCACUCCUCCAAUGACAGCCGGGUAUUUGGAAGUCACAGAUCUUCACUCCAAGAAACUCAGAUACAUUCCUAUCCCCAGGGCCGAGUCACUGUCUCCAUACACAAACUGGAUAUCCACGAUUUCAGACACUGAUGCCCUGGUGACCGAAUGGGGCAGGGAUGGUGUUGUGACAGUGGAUAUGGGGGGAAGAGUCAGGCUUUGGGAAACCGGACUUGAAAGCCUUCACCGUUCUCUCCAGGAGUGGAGGAACAUGAUUGGAGAUGAGGAUGAGAAACACAUGCAGAUAACCAUCGACCGAGACAGUGGCGAAGAUGUGAGCUCACCGAAACAUGGCAAGGAAGACCCAGACAAUGUGCCCCAUGUGGGUGGAAAUACCUGGGCCGGUGGGACAGGUGGCAGAGAUACCGCAGGCCUGGGGGGCAGAGGAGGCCCUUAUCGGCUGGAUGCUGGCCAUGAUGUGUACCAAGUGUCCCAGGCUGAGAAAGAUGCCGUCCCCGAGGAGGUGAAGAAAGCUGCCCGAGAAAUGGGUCAAAAGGCGUUUAAGCAGAGAUUAAAGGAAAUCCAGAUGAGCGAAUACGACGCGCAAACCUACGAGAGGUUUUCCGGCGCCGUCCGGCGGCAGGUACACUCCCUGAGGGUCAUCCUGGAUAAUUUGCAGGCCAAGGGUAAAGAAAGACAGUGGCUGAAACACCAAGCGACCGGGGAAUUAGACGAUGCCAAGAUAAUCGAUGGCUUGACGGGAGAAAGGGCAAUCUACAAACGACGGGGAGAACUGGAGCCAGAACUCGGCAGUCCCCAGCAGAAACCCAAGCGUUUGCGCCUGGUAGUGGACGUAUCCGGAAGCAUGUACCGCUUUAAUGGCGUGGAUGGACGACUGGAGCGUUCCAUGGAGGCCGUCUGCAUGGUCAUGGAGGCCUUCGAGAACUACGAGCAGAAGUUCAAGUAUGACAUCUUUGGGCACUCCGGAGACGGCUACAACAUCGACUUGGUUCCGGAGAAUAAGAUUCCCAAGGACAAUAAGCAAAGACUAGAGAUUCUGAAGAUCAUGCACGCCCACGCCCAGUUCUGCAUGAGCGGCGACCAUACUCUGGAAGGGGCUGAGCAUGCCAUCAAAGAGAUCGCCAAGGAAGAGGCCGACGAGUACUUCGUCAUUGUCCUGAGUGAUGCGAACCUGGAGCGCUACGGCAUUCGUCCUGCGAGGUUUGCCCAAGUCCUGACAAUCAACCCUCAAGUGAAUGCCUUCGCCAUAUUCAUCGGAUCCUUAGGGGACCAAGCAGCAAGGCUUCAGAGAACUCUCCCAGCAGGGCGCUCUUUUGUUGCCAUGGACACCAAGGAAAUUCCCCAGAUUUUGCAACAGAUCUUCACAUCUACUAUGUUGUCGAAUGUCUAAGUAGUGCCCUUUCUGUACCAGUUAGCCUAACGACGAGUGCCGAAUGAAGUUAAAACCAAAGGAAAGACUGCCCUGAAAGGAAGUCUGACUACUAAGACAAGAGGAAUUGUCAUUCUGGAAUGACAAACACUUUAAUAUUUACGUUCUCAAAUCCCUUGAAAAAUGAUCUCUCUAAUCAAAAUCUAAAAAGCAGCAAUAUGGCAUAGUUACUGGGGUUGAGUUUGCCAUUCACCCCUUCUGAUUUAUUAAAAAUUGAGUAAGGAGGAGACAGACUUAGUGGGGUUCAAGUUACAACAUCUUAUUUUACUUGCAUUUGGCGGAGUAAGAGUAGAAAGGCAGUUUCUGACCCGAUUAACUUCGUUUUGAUUUUAAUAGCUCUCACUACCAGAGAGAGCCCACAGGGGUGGCACAUGGUUACGCAGAGCAAACAAAAUGGGUUCUAGAAUCCAGACUUAUCAUCCAGCUUGCCCUUUGUCCAGUGGGAAAAAACUCCAUUCUUCCUGCCGUGAUAAUAAGGAGAAGAAGAAGAAAAGAAGAAUUGUGGUAUUUAUUAAGUGCUUACUCUGUGCCAAGCACUCUACUAAGCACUUGGAUAGAUAUAAUAUAUGCAGAUGAGACCCAGAUUCUGUCCUACAUGGGGUUCCCAGUCUAAGGACAAGGAAGAAUGGAUCUUUUAUUCCCAUUUUACAAAGGAGGAAGCUAACGCACAGAGAAGUCAAGUCACCCAGCAGGCAGGUGGUGAAGCUGGGAUUAGAACCCAGGUCUCCUGAUUCUCCACCCGAGCCUCUUUCCACUAGGUCACCUCCACCUCAACCUUUUCUCCUGCGUGCCCAGCGUUGUCCUAAAGGCUGGGAAAGAGUGCCCGGGGCGGAGGAGGUGGAAUUGGAUGGAAUCCCGGACCCGGAGGGCCGCACAAUCCGGGGGGACUGGCACGCGGAAAGAAGGAUGAAACAGUAAACAAGGUGGAACCUCGUAAGAGGACGACAGAGCCGAGCCACACAAAGGGAAAUCAAUCAGAAGAAAACAUGGACUGCAGAGAACAAAGUUCUGUGGCUACAGCAGCAGAGGAGAGCAGGUGCAGCAGAUGUCCACUUCUGGAACUGGGGUACGUCUCGGAUGCACAGUCGAAAACGGCCAACGUUUUCCAAAAGUAUCACGGGAUAGUUUCGGAGGCUCAUGGCCGGUGGAGGCAGCCUAUCCUAGUGGAAAGAAGCCGGGCCCGAGAGAUCGAGGACGUGAGUACUAAUCCUGCCUCCAUCACUUGCCCACUGUGUGACCUUGGGCAAGUCACUUGACUUCUCUGUGCCUCCGUUUCCUCCUCUGGAAAAAUGGAGAUUCAGUGGGGUACAGACGACGAAAGGUGUGGAAAAUAGUAUUUGCGGGUGAGGAGAUUUUUUUUUCUCUUGAGCAGAGCAGCAGUGUUGCCUUUCACUGUACAAGGUCGCUGCCUCGAGGAAACACGAUUAAAGAAUCUGCUGAUCCCCACGGUGAAAGUUAGAAUAAAAAAACCUGAAAAAUCCUGCCUCCCAA